AUGGCACUCCACCCUAACAACGAUGCUGAGCAAAGCUCGCAGACCUCCAUCAACAGCGACCCAAUCGGACGCUACCUCACAACCAUCAUCCACUCCUCCAUAAACGCCAUCAACACCCGCAACCUCGACCCCAAAAGACAGCCCUGGACCCUCUACGCCCCCUCCUUCCGCAAUGAGCCUGACGGGAACUCUCCCAUCAUCGGCAAUCUCCCCACCAGCUUCAGUGGACAGAGAACAAUGACACUUGAUACGCUCCUCGAUUUCUGGAAGGCUAUGGUGGCUGCUUGCCCUUCUUUUCGUAUCAGGAUCGUGGAGAUUGAGGUGUGCAAUGUGGAGGCGCAGGAGGGCACGGCAGAGGUGGCGUUGAAGGCGGAGAGUUUGGGGAUUCCGGAUGGGGUGGUGAGGCCGAGUGUGAGUGUUUUGGAGUUUAGACGGAUGAGUGGGAGGUGGUUGUGUACGAGGAUGAGGACGAUGCCGGGGGUGGAUUUUGGGGGUGUUGGGAUGUUGUAG